ACCAAACCAGCUGAAACAAGAGAUCUAAUUUAGUAGCACCGCAGAUCGGAGAAAAACAUGACACCAGCAUCGGCUUUCCGACGGCCGUUGGCUGCGUUACUUAUAUCGGUCUUCUUCCUCAUCCAUCCGUGCUUUUCCAUCUACUGCGAUGAGGAUGAUUGCUAUGAUCUGCUCGGGGUUACCCAGAGCGCCAAUUCUUCAGAAAUCAAGAAAUCUUACUAUAAACUCUCUUUGAAAUACCAUCCUGACAAGAACCCAGAUCCUGAAUCGAAGAAGCUGUUUGUUAAAGUUGCAAACGCUUAUGAGAUUUUGAAAGAUGAAGCUACAAGGGAGCAGUAUGAUUAUGCCAUUGCACAUCCAGAGGAGGUAUUUUAUAAUACAGCCCGCUAUUACCAGGCAUACUAUGGUCACAAAUCAGAUCCUCGCGCAGUCCUUGUGGGUCUUCUUUUGGUUCUCUCAUUAUUUCAGUACCUGAAUGAAUGGACAAGAUAUAAUCAGGCUAUGGAUAUGGUCAAGAAAACACCAGCCUACAAAAAUAAACUCAAAGCGUUGGAGCUUGAGAGGAAUGGGGGGGUGGCAACCAAGAAGAAGGGUCAUAAGCAAAUUGAAAAGAAGGUGGUGGAUGAGGACAUUAGCAAGGAACUUGACCUGCAGAUAAAGGGUGCUGAAAAACCAUCAUUGUGGGAUCUUCUUUGUGUUCGUUUCAUACUUCUGCCUUACACUUUGGGAAAGUUAUUGUUGUGGCAUAGUUGUUGGUUAUGGCGGUACAAUAUAAGAAAAGCUCCAUAUUCUUGGGAAGAUGCCUCUUAUCUCACUCGAAGAUCUCUUAGGGUUCGUCUUGAUGCUUGGAAAUCUAUGGAUGAAUCAACUCAAGAAGAUCUAAUUCAGAGACGGCUAUGGGAGAAGGAUAACUUAGAGGAGUAUUUGUUGGAGAUUCGCAAGGAAUCAAAACGAAGAAGAUGAUAGCCAUACUUUUCCUUCAUAUAUAUAUAUCAAAACCCACAAUAUGGAUCUUCAUAAUAGGCAGGCACCAGCAGGCAUGCUUAGCGGCAUUGUUUUCCAUUCCCCACAGCAGAGCAGGAUUUUUUUUUAUAAAAUUUUUAAGGAAGACAUGUCUGGUUGAUUAUGUCACCACAGAUGUUAUGUUAUUAUAUACACACUGUUGCCAUUACAUUGAUAACCUUUUUUCUGAUUGUAGCUUAAACCAUAAUUUCCUUAAUUUUGGACUGCUUGUAGACUAAUCCCUUGUCCCGGGAUAUUGUCUCAAUGAGAUUAUUUGAAAAUUAUUUGAGUAAAUUUGUGAUUUUU